AUGUCGCAAAACCCCUCGCAAGCUCUCGAUACUCACUUCCGUCCACUCGACCUGGACCCGCCACUCUCGCCCUCGUCUGUCGCUGCCAGCGUACAAAGCACAGGCUCAGGCGCCGCGGCGGGACUGCAACCCCAACAUGCUGCAACUAUGGCGGAGCUGCUGCCUGCAGACGACGGGAUGCGCCAUCUCAGGGCCCGCAUGCACGAGAUCAGGGAUAUGAAAGUCCCAGACGAGGACAAGGCCCGUUUAAUGCAUAACCUGAUGACGGAGCGCUACAAUCUUCUCCGUCCGCAGUCACCAAACAGCUUCAUUUCGAACGACCGCCCGUUUACUCCGACGUCUGCACAGUCGAUAUUCUCAGAGGUGCAUAUCUCGUCGCCCAUCUCAAUUGCUUCCGAUGUUGACCCUGAGAAUCCGUUUAGCCUGCGACCAGGCGACACCAACCCAACCUAUCGAAUCCGGAAGCCGCAUUCCACCAUGGAUCAUAAUGGGGAGGACGAGGAUUUUGAUACGGCCGAGGACGGCUCGUCGCUGGGAUGUCAGCACUACAAGCGCAAUGUAAAGGUCCAGUGCUACGCGUGCAGAAGAUGGUACACAUGUCGGCAUUGCCACGAUGCGGUAGAGGACCACAACCUGAAUCGGAGGAAGACUCAGAAUAUGCUCUGCAUGGUGUGUGGAACGCCUCAGACGGCGGGCGAGAAUUGCGUUGAAUGCGGAACACGAGCCGCGUGGUACUACUGCGAGAUUUGCAAGCUGUGGGAUGACAACAGCAGCAAGAAGAUAUACCAUUGCAUCGAUUGUGGAAUCUGCAGAAGAGGCGAGGGCGUUGGGAAAGAUUACGUCCACUGCAAGAAAUGCAAUGUCUGCAUUUCCAUCGCCUUUGCUACCUCCCAUAAAUGCAUCGAACGGGCUACCGACUGCGAUUGUCCCAUAUGCGGUGAGUAUCUCUUCAACUCCUCCAGCGCCGUAGCCUCCAUGCCAUGUGGCCAUUACCUCCACAAGGAAUGCUACAAUCUGUACAUGGAGACAGCAUACAAGUGCCCUAUGUGCAAAAAGAGCGCGGUAAACAUGGAACUGCAAUGGCGCAAAUUGACCCACGCAAUCGAGAGUCAACCAAUGCCAGAGCAGUUUGCCAACACGAGGGCUGUCAUUCAGUGCAAUGACUGCUCUGCGAAGUCUUCCGUCAAGUAUCAUUGGCUUGGAAACAAAUGCGGCGAAUGCGAUUCCUACAAUACCAACGAGCUUCGAAUUCUCAACGGACCGGAGAGUGAGCAAGCCGCAAAUGCGCUCCUGUCAGUGGACGCAAACUCAGGGGCACAGUCACCAGCCAGCGCAACCUCCCCAUCCUCACAACCUCUCCGCUCACCUCGAUAUUAUUUUCAACCUGACCAACCCGAAGAAACGUGGCUGCCAGACCAACUUCCUUCUUUUCCCUUCCAAAUGCCUCAAUUUCCAGGAAUGCCGCAGAUGCCACAGAUGCCGCAAAUGCCUCAAAUGCCUCAAAUGCCUCAGUUCCGGGGUAUGCCUCAGUUACCACCUCUUCCUCAAAUGCCCCAGAUGCCGGAUCCUUACGAGUUGCUAGAGCGGGUUAGUAGAUCUUUCGAGCCAUUCCGGAAUUACCUCAAUCCAACCGGUGAAGUCCCAACAGAGAGAGUGCCAAUUAUCGAUCUUGGAGAAGAACGUCCCGAAGGCCAGGCGACGGAUGGGUCAACCGUGUGGCAGCCUUCACUUCCACAAUAUGUCUUCGAGCGGUUCAGGAGGUCGUUAUCUCCCCUAGGCAACUACCUAAACCCUUCAAUUGACAGCAUCCCAAGGCUCGAUCUUACAGAAGAAGAUCGUGAUGAUCAAGGCCUCGAGUUUUGGGGUACUGAUGGCGCAAGAGUGGAUAGGUUUUUGUCUGGCGGGGAAGAGAAUGAUGAGGACGAAGAGUCGGGGAGCUCGACCGACGAGAGCGGGGAUGAUGAAGAGGAUAAUGAUGAAGGAGAUGCUGACGUCGACGACAACGAUAUUGAACUGCCUGGACAUCGAUAA